GAUGACAUCACUUCCUGGUUGUGCAGCCGCUGGUCGCCCCGCCCUCAUCAGGGACAUUCGUGCCAGGUCCGGAGUUGAACCAACAACCCUCCUCCAUGCCUGGAGGUAUCGUCGGUGCAGAGGCGGGAGGACGGUCUGGAACGGGCUCAAGGGGAGAGUAGACCGGUCUGGAGCGGGUCCGACCCGGUGAGAACAGAAGGAGGCAAAGUUUGCUCCGGUGUCGGUUCACGUUUCUGUAGCUUGGUCGUCAGUUAUGUUCAGGUAGAGGCUAGUUCCACGGCGCUCGACAUGCUGAGGCGUCUGGACAGGAUCCGGUUCCGGAGCCAGAGACGGGAUGACUUCCUGGAUCUGGCUGAUUCGCCCAACACAUCUGACACAGAAUGCACCGAGGAGGUCAUGGUGAAACCUCACCUCUCUUCCAGAGACUCAGAGGAGCUGAGGGAAGUGGAGGGAGAGCAGCAAGGUGACUCUCAGGCAGGUCCAGGAUCAUUUUCUGCAGCUCUCCAAGAUGACUCCAGGACAGAUCUGAAUGAGGUCAAAGGGCACCUAGAAAUUGCCUUGUUGGAGAAACAUUUCUUAAACGAGGAGUUGAGGAAAGUUAAAGAGGAGUCCAACGUAGAUGCACUGAAACAGGAACUGGAGAAGGAGCGCUGCAAGCGAAUGGAGCUGGAGCAGAAGAUCAAUGACGUCCUUAGAUCCAGACUUGAAGACUCGCCAUGUCUGACACCUAAAGCCCCGCCCCUUCCUCCACCGCCAGGCAGCGGCACAGACAAACAGAAGGACACUCUGUCCAAUAGUUUCCUGAAAUGGCUUUAUGACCGUUUCGGGGUUUAUAUAGAAGACUUCCGUUUUCAGCCGGAGGAGCCGACGGUGGAGACAGAGGAGCCGCUGAGUGCCAAAAGGUUGACUGAAAACAUGAGACGUCUCAAACGGGGAUUUAAACCAGUGACCAACUUCAAGAGGAACCUUACCGCCUUAUCCAGCUGGUACUCGGUCUACACGUCAGCCAUCGCCUUCAUUGUCUACAUGUAUGCAGCGUGGCAUGGCUGGGCCAUCCCCAUGUUCCUCUUCCUAGCCAUCCUCCGGCUGUCCUUAAAUUACCUCAUUGCCAGAGGCUGGAGAAUCCAGUGGAGCAUCGUACCGGAAAUCUCAGAGCCAGUGGAGCCCCCUAAAGAAGACCUGACUGUGUCUGAGAAGUUCCAGCUGGUUCUGGACGUUGCUCAGAAAGCACAGAAUCUGUUUGGGAGGAUGGCCAACAUCCUGGAGAAAAUAAAGAAUUUGUUCAUGUGGGUGCAGCCAGAGUUAACUCAGAAGCUGUAUGUUGGUCUGUGGCUGGCCUUCGUCUCCUCCUGCCUGCUGCCAUACAAACUGCUGGGAUUCAUCAUAGCCGUGUAUGCAGGUAUAAAGUUCUUCAUCAUCGACUUCAUCUUUAAGAGUUGUCCCAAGCUGAGGCAGCGCUUCGACACCCCUUACAUAAUCUGGACCAACUUGCCCACCGACCUGCAGCUGAAGGAGCGCAGCAGCACCACCCUGAACAGACGGGUUACUUCUGCAGGGGGUCGAGGCAACCUCAGCACUGCAGCUCCCACAGGUGUGAGCCGAGACGAGGACGGAGGACGAUACUACAGCACCAAGAGAGGAGCUUUCCACGAAGUCUUCAGCCUGCCGGAGAGUGAGCGCCCCCUGACAAUGUGUGAGAACGGCUGGCGCUGCUGCCUCAUCAACAGAGACAGGAAGACGCCGACUGACUACAUCCGCAACGGUGUCCUCUACGUCACUGAGAAUCAUCUGUGUUUCGAGAGCUCCAGCUCCAGGUCUGGAUCCACCAAGAGGAACAAAGUCAUCAAACUGCUCGACAUUAAAGACAUCCAGAAGUACAAAGUUUUGUCAGUGCUACCUGGAUCUGGGAUGGGCAUCUCCAUAGCAACGCCAUCCACCCAAAAGCCGAUGGUGUUCGGUGCGAUGAUGCACAGAGAUGAAGCCUUCGACGCCAUCAACACUCAGUACAACAAGAUCUUGUCCAUGUCUACAGCCACCAGCCCAGAGACGUAAUAACACCUUCACAAGAUGGCUGCCUUCACACUACACUGGAUCUGUUUCACUUUUUCCACCAGUGACGUACUGAAACAGCUGCUGACUCCAGUUUGAGCUGCAGAUCAUCAAGCUGAACAAGUCAGUGUCUUUACAUUAGUGAUUGAUAAGAAAUGAGGUUUUUCCAAGUAUUAUUUCCAAUCACGGAUUUUAUAUCAAAUUGAUUCGAAUUAUAAAUUACUAUUGUCAAACAAUUAUACAUAAAGUUCCCACAAAAUAGAUCAUGAUAUGUCUGAUUGUAAAUCAAAGUGUAUGCUGGAAUUCAAAUAAAGUGCACAAACAUAUAAAAGCUUGUUAAAGAACAUGGGGGAGGGUGAGGGUUACCUGUACUAUAAUCAGAGCACUAAUGACUAAUUAUUUUCUGUUGCAUGCACCUUUUUUUUUAAAUUACUGUUAAAAUAUUCCCAAUUAAAUGCAACCCUUCCUAUUUCAAAUAAUCCCUCUGUUACUUGGUACUUGGCUUGAAAUCUAAAAAUCUCUGCAGGGAAACUGUUCACAAAUGUUUGUUUUGUUCUCACUGGAAAAAUCAAUCGUUUACAACUUAAGCGGAGUGCUGAAUUUGGAUUUUAUCUGAUGAAGCAGUUAGUGUCACGUCCAGCCCAUCAGUCAUCUGUGUCAUGUCAUUUCAGUUUAUUUCCAUUCUGGUGCACUGCACUGGAAAGUUGCACAUACAUGAUGGGCCUCAUGAAAGAACCAGUUGGUCAAACGAAUUUAAGGCACGUACCAGUGAUUUUAGAGAAUUUGUGGCUUCCAUGAUGAGUGUUUACACUUCGAUACGUACACAAUAGGUACAAAGAUGCCAAGUGGUUAAGAGCUGUGGUGCGACUCAUGAACAGCCUUUCUUCAGAGUGGAAUACACACUUGUUAGCCUUAAGGAUUAUAGUAUGAAUGAAUUAGGAGUUAAAUAUGAUUCGAGAAUUGCCAUUUGAUAUAAUCAAUAAAAAUGUCUGUAAAAACUGAAUAUGCUGUUUAUCAAAUCAUCAUCAUCAUGGCUUUCCAAUUCACUGAGUGUGUUUUAUAGAGUUCCUACAUUUCAGUAGCUGUUGGAUAACUCCCUGACAGCUGCAGGCUCUUUUUGUCCAGGACCAUCCUCUGUCAUAACACCUCAGUGUCACAUCACCUGUAACAUAAACAUAACUGUCAAUUUCCUAAACAAAGCUUGUUGGAAAAUAUGUCUAAACCUCCCUUGUUUUCAUCCUUUGUGUCUUCAGGGAAUGAAACGAUUGUUGUACUUUACAGCAGCCUUAUGAUCACUUAUUAUUACAGUGUGUUUUUAUAUGGUGGUUGGAGACUGUUGCUCUAUGCAACAUAAAUGUUUUACAACUAAUUGUAACAUUUCAUGUAAAUGAGAGAAUUAACCUCAGCUUUUAUGUUAUUUUUUUUAGCUAAAGGUACAUAUGUUGAAGCUAAGGAAUCAGAUACAACCAGCAAAACUGAAGUUUUAUCUUUUCUUUUUUAGCUUAUUCUUUUACUUCGGGUUUCUCUCACCAUCAGUAAGCUAAUGUAAGCUAUUUGUUUAACCUGAGAGGCUUUAAAACCGAAACUGAAGUUGUAUAUUUUACCUAACUAGUUGUUUAAGCAUAGCUGAUUGGCUAAGAGCUUAACAAUUGCAAACAAUUUAAAUAUCUGAAAUGCAAGUUUUACUGAUCACAGCACUUGACUUUUGGCUUUAGCUUCUUUUCAUGCUGAUCAACACUUCUUCUGUUCUGUUAAGCUCCUGUUUCAAAAGUACCUUUUUUUCUACCAUCAACCUAAUCGGCUAAAGCUGAACAAGCUACAACAACCCAAUCACGUUCUGACCUUUUUUUUAGGAAGCCAGUACGUUGCUCUAACAAAUGACCCGUUGCCCUCACGUUACCAUCAAUCUAAUCUAAUCACACAUCAUACACAUAUAUAUUAUUAGCAUUAUUUAUUUGUUUUCUCUGUCGGGCUUUUUAAGAUUAGCGCUAACUGAUAAAGCAUGUUUUUUUUUUGCAGAUUAAUGAAAUAUUUCCUAAUAUGCAAAAGUGCAAGAAAAUUUUAAAAUGUCUCUGUCCUUGCCGAUCACUGCCGAUCUAAAACUGUGGUUUUCUGUCCCUUUGAGAACAGAAUGUGCGAAGUGUCAUUGUGAAACUUCUGCAUUUAUAAUUUUUAAUUUGAAAUCAAUUCAUUUCAAUUCUUGUACUGAUAAUCAUUUUCAUUAUAGAUUCAUGUGUGACAAUUAUUUUUUCAGUCAAAUAAUUGCUUGGUCUAACAGUAUAAAGCCCAAUUAUGUUCACUGCCAAAAACUGAAAAUGGCUCAUUUGAAAAUCUGGAACCAUGUAAUGUUUGAAAAAUUACAAUUAUUAACAUUCUGUCAAUUGACUAAUCAAAUAUUUUUGCAGAUGCUGUUUCAAUUAAAUUGCUAGAAAUGUGAUAUUUUGACUAAAAACAAAAAUUAAGGAAGCUUUUUUACUACAAAGUCAAAAUAGUAAAUUUUUUCUUCAUGAAACAUUCAGAUUAAAGGAAGCAGUUUCAUAUUCAAAAGUUUCAGUGUAAAGAAGUUUAGUAAAGAAAAAGUGCAAGGUUUUAUAUAUAGUCUCACUCUGGCAGUUUUUGGCUCUUUCAUUGCCAAAUAUUUUUAUAUCUUGCUUAUCUUUAAAAUAUUUUCCAGUCUUCAUUUUUGCAAUAUUGACAUGGUAACCAUGUAGUGUCAUUUAAUCUUUCUCGACUACCUUACCUUUAACUCCUUUAUCUUCUUCAAGUUGUUUGUGGUUGUUUUUCCUUCAGUUUAGGUCAAUUCUGUCGAUCUGUUCAGAUGUAAGGGUUUUAUAAAGUGCUUUCAUUGUAAAAAAUAGCUGUAAAGUUUUCAAAUGAAUUGAUGUUUUGUUAUUAAAAUGUGAUGUACAUUUCUUUUCUAAUUUAAGUAAAA